AUGGCAAUCAAUGAAUUGGAAUCACUUGGAUUAGAUCCCGAAAACUUGAGAGGUCAAGGCUAUGAUAAUGGCGCGAACAUGAAAGGGAAAAACAUCGGCGUGCAGAACCUAAUUCUGGAAAAAUACCCAAGAGCAUUUUUUGUACCAUGUUCAAACCACUCACUAAAUCUUGUUGUGAAUGAAGCUGCUGCUGCAUCGGGGGCAACCGUUAGUUUUUUUUCUUUGGUCGAAGAAAUUUAUAAAUUUCUUUCAGGUUCUUCGAAUCGGUGGGAUAUUAUGAAAAGCCAUAUCACGACAGCUUCCACGUUAGCUCCGAAAAACCUUUGUACAACUCGAUGGUCCAGUCGAAUCGCUGCAAUGAAACCACUUCGGCUGAAUCUUGGCAAAAUAAUCGCUGCAUUGGAUGAAAUUGAGAAUUCAACCGCUUUCAAGGAUAAAGUUCGUUAUGAAGCUGGAGCAAUUAUCGACAAAAUUGAUUAUCCGUUUGUGUGUGCAGUAUGUAUGUGGUACGAUGUUUUAAGUCACGUUAACAUUGCUUCGAAAGCCCUGCAAUCAAUUGAUUCGGAUUUGCAAGCCGCUGUACUUUGUUUGGGUAGUACUAAAUUUUUUUUGGAAGAAUACAGAUCAACUGGACCUGAAAAAGUUUUUAGUGAAGCAACAGAAAUCUGUGAGAGUAUGGAAAUCGAGGUCGUUUUUACAAACAGUCGCAAGCGUGUUGCUGUUGGACGUGAAAUAAAUUCGGAAGAAAGCUUCCAAAAUGAUUUCAUUGAUGUUGUCUUGAACGUAGCAAUCAAUGCAGUAGAGGAGCGAUUCGUUGCAUUAGAGAAGCACAAUUCAACAUUCUCCUUUCUCUACAAAUUUGACGAUUUUGAUCAAAAUAGAAGAAAUGGAAAUUUGCUCAAGUCGUGCAAACAGCUUCAAGUAACGCUUUCAAAGGGAGAAGAAUGUGAUAUUGAUGUUGACGAAUUGAUUUCAGAGAUGACGGUUGUGGCGGAAUUGGUAAAGCAUCGUCAUUUAGUUAGAGUCAUCGAUAUACUCAACGGGAUCAAGAGCAGCGGUAUGGAAAAUCUUGUCCCCAACGCCGUUAUUGCUUACAGGAUAUUUUUGACAAGUCCUGUGUCAGUUGCAACCGCUGAGAGGACUUUUUCUAAGCUGAAAAUAACUAAAAACUACCUGCGCAAUUCGAUGUCACAAGACCGUUUGAAUGGCUUAGCUACAAUAUCAAUUGAGCAUGAAAUUGCUGAUUCAAUUCAAUAUGAGGAUAUCAUCGACGAAUUUGCCGCUUCCAAAGCCCGGAAAGUUUCCUUUUACUGA